CAAAAUGGCGCCAACGUCCAUGAUCCCGCGCCACUCCGUCGAGUACACACCAACAUACCAGCGCUUUGUGCUGAAGCAAAAGUCGUACGCACAGCAGUUCUCGCACAUCUACGUGAGUCGGUUGCAGCAGCUACGCGAUGUGGUGAGUGUCCAGGUCCAGGAGCACACGGCCGGCCAAAUCCCGGUGUUGGCCAAGGUCAUUGAUCUCAAGGCCGACGGCCAAGAGUGUGUACUCAUCGGCACGCUGCUCAAGGUGUUGGAGGCCAAGCCAGACCUAUUCGACGCGCUUACGAGUGAGUCGGGCGUUAAUCCCAUCGAAACAAUCGAUCGGCCACUGGCCACCAAGGAGGACGAGCUAUUACUCGAGGAUGAGAGUGGCCGAGUACAGCUAGUAGGCAACAUCGACGUGGCCAGAAUUGUCACGGGCGUAGUACUUGGUGUCCGUGGCCGUGUGGCCCGCGACGGGCCAGGUGGCCACUUCCACGUUGAGGAGGUAUAUCUACCGUCGUUCCCGCCUCAGCAUCCCUUGCCAGAACGACAGGAGAGUGAGUACGUGGCCCUGGUUUCGGGCCUAAACAUCGGUCGCAACAAAGACAGCCGGCCGCUACGGAAUCACGUCCUGGUGGACUAUUUGGCCGGCCGACUGGGCGAUGAAAAGGAGCGAGAAUUUGUGUCAAAAAUUGUCAGAACCAUCGUGGUAGGCAACGUAAUUGAAGCCUCUGGUAGUGACGAAGUUCAGGUACCGACGAUUAUACGCAAGACGGCCGAGGAGUUGGCCCUGGAGGGCGAACCAUUGAAGAACGCUGACGAGCUGGUGUCGACGUUGGCCGCGGCCAUGUGCGUGGAUCUCAUGCCCGGAGCGUCGGACCCCAGUAACUACACGCUGCCCCAGCAAAGUUUCCAUCCGUGUUUGUUCCCGCGCAGCUCGCACUUCAAGUCGUUCCGAUGUGUCACGAACCCAUAUGAGGCUCAGGUUGGUGGCGUUCAGCUGUUCGGAGAUGCUGGCCAGCCUCUGCAUAGUAUGCUUCAGUGCACACUUCCCAAGAGUGAUGACGAAGACGAGAAUAUGGCAACAGAGGAAGAGAAAGAACAGCAAGAACAGGAGCGUGCACUAGACUACCUUCAGCGGUGUGUUGAGUGGCGUCACGCAGCUCCUACUGCUCCCGACAUCUUGGCCUGCUUCCCCAUGGCCAACGAGGACCCGUUCAUCCUUGAAACCUGCCCGCAUGUGUAUUUUUCAGGCAACCAGCCGCGAUUCAGCACACGUCUCGUUAAAGGUAUGAUAAUUACUGUAAUUGCAUGCGCUAACUAAUCUCUAACUUUAAUUGUUUUGAACAGGAGGUAAAGAUCAGCAAGUUCGACUUAUUACGGUGCCUUCAUUCUCCGAGACGUCUACUAUCGUUAUCGUAGACCUCAAAGAUCUCUCUUGCUUUCCCAUUACCAUUGGGGCAUGAACGAUAGAAAACACCUUAACGAGACUGUAAGUUGCCAAUGAGCUAGGACCUGAAUAAAACUUACGAGGUGUAAGAAACUGAAUAAAACUUACGAGGUGUAGGAAACACUUGACGUGCCAC